AUUGUCGAGGGCAGAUCCGUGCUCGUUUGGUCCGCGAAAUUUUCGAAAUUGUGCAAUUUUGGACCAUCGGACAGGCCAAUACGGUGCUUCCGGGCCCAUCGGAACCGUUUCCGCGUCGGUACGCCAUCGAGUACCCGGUUGUGGUGCGCUCGGAAAGAAAAUUUCAGUGAAAAACAGUGAAAAGUUUGCGUAGCUGUCAAAGGUUUUUCGAGUUUUCCACCUUCUUUUUCUCCAAUCCGAGGGCCACGGAUCCGUGUUGUUGCGGUGUGUGCGUGUGACGUUGGACGCCUGCUUCUCGCGUCGUUCGUCGUCGGGUCAGACUCGUCUAAAUUCGUCGUUCGCGGUCGUGUUGCGGCUUGUUCGCGGGUGUGUGUGCGGUCGUGCUGCCGAGUGGUGCAAUUUGUUUACAAUUUUUUGCUUCGUGUGGGCGAAACGAGACAACAUCGGUUGUUUAUUGGCGUUCGGGUGGUGCUCGGCUCACCCGAGCCAGUUUCGGUUGAACCGAAGUAGUUGAAAACAAACUCCCGAACAGGGUUCGGGUUCUGGUGUUCGGCUUUCAUUCGGGAUUGUUCGGAUAAACGAAGUUAACCAUCCAUGCAAAACUCUGUAAACAGUGUGAGAUAAGUGAUUUAAACGAUUUUGGCACCAGGGGUGCCUACGUGUGAGUUUGUUUGUUUCCAUUUGGCUUGAUGUGAUUGUGUUGUUAUUUCGGUGGUUGACGGAUUUGUGAGGGUAAAUACCGAACUUUCCGUUCAUCUCGAGAUUGCGUUCCAUCGUCGCCGAGGGAGAAGAAGAAAAAGAAGAUAAAUAAAAACAUCUCAAUCUCUACAAGAUUCAUCAACGGAAGCCAUCGAAAUUUAACCUUUUCGGACAAGUGGAAAAGGUCGUUGGGAAAUCCCUUUCGGUUAAGACCCGUUUCGCAGAAACCGACACCUGGGGGCAGAGCAAAGAAUCUUCUUCGCGCAGCAUAUUGUCAACUUCUCUCGCUCCCCGUUCAAGGACGGUCAUUCAACGGGUUCGUUCGUUGAGAUUCAUUCAUUCGAAGACGACCAAAAUGGAUGUCAUCAUUAUCAGCACCGACACAUAAUUCUAGAUAAUCGCAUGAAGACGAAGAAACAGUUGGCAGCGGCCGCAGCCGCUGCAGCAGCUGCCGACAAGAUAACCCCUGGGGUCUCGACUUCAGCAUCCUCGACAUCCGGUACGACAACAUCCACUACUUCUGUUACAACACCAACCCGAUCGCUACCCCUCAAAAAGGCAAUUAAACGUUUACAACCAAAGGGCAAAGAAAGUCCUCCGAAGGCAGUAAGUGGCCUACAAUUGCCCGGAACUACUCCUAAGGCAAAAACCGGUGGUAAUCCAAAGUCUCCUCCACCAAGUAAGACAAGUGACAAUGCUCGAAGUGACUCAUCGACUGCCGCUGGUGCUAGCGGUGGCUCCAAAGCCAAAAAAUCGACCCCAACUAGGAAGGUUACUCCUUCCAGUUCCAGUGGCAGCAAUGCUGCCGCCGCCGGAGAACGGCUCAAAAUUCAGAAGGAACUCAAAAGUCUCGGUCUAACGGCCAUCAAUCAAAUCGGCACCCUCGCCUCGCUGGUCGAGUGUAAACCAUCAAUCAGCGAAAUGGUGAAAACCAAGUCGCGUGCCACGGUUAGCGCCGCCCAAAAGGAUGGAUCAACGACGGCAGCAGCGUCCUCAACGGCCGGUUCUAGUGCCGGCGGUGGUACCCCGACCAAAAAGAAACCGACUGGUGGCGGUUCUCAGAAGCCAUCUCAAAAGGUGCAAGAAGAAUGUGGUGCGAAAAACAAAACAACUCCGGUCACGGUUUCGGCACCCAUGGUGCCGUCGUCAUCUGGAUCAGCUCAGGUGGCGCCCUCUUCUUCGGUCGGGAAUAAAGAAGACGUCAAAAUCCCGGCUACGAAAAGUUCUCCCACCGAGGCCAAAGUGCCGCGGACGAAAAAGAUCGAAAACAAAAACCAAGAUAAUGAAGGAUCCACUGCUACUGGAGCAACAAAAACGACGGCGACGGCAGAACAGAAGCCUCAGCCCGCGAAAAAGGUUCCCGGGUCGGCGGUUGUCGUGAAGCCUAAAUCGAAAAAGGCCCUCCUGUUGGAGGAGCAGAAGAUGGCGGCGACGGCGGCGGCAAAAGCUGAGGAAGCCCUGGCUAAGCAGAUCUUGGCCCAAAAGCUUAAGGAGCAGCAGCAGCAAGAACAAGAGAACGACAAAUCGUGCCCACUCGAGUUGGAGGCCGAUCAUGAUAAAAGUGAUGACUCGGAGGAGGUCCAGAGUCGCAUAGAAGAUAUUAUGAAGACGCUGGAAGAGGACGACGAUGAUGAGAUGAUGGGGGAUUCGAGUGUAGUUAAGAUUUUGGAAGUCAAGCUACCGGUCAAAGAUCAACCCGAGGAAAAGAAACCGCCAAUGGCAAAGGUUGAAAAACCUAAAACGAUCGCCAAAUCAAGAAAAUCUCCUCCUAAGAAGCCCGUUGUUAAAAAAUUAAAUACAAAAUCAACGGUUGAAGAAAAAAUUGAUACUAAUGAGACAGGUGAAACAAGCGAUACGACCAAACGAAAAAGUAAUUUAAAGGAUCAAGAAAGUUCUAAAAUUUUAACAGAAGACAUUAAAACGAAUGUUCCUACAAAUAAAAAGAAAAAAUCUGAAACUAAGCCUAAUAAUCAAGUUAAACCUAAUCCUGUGGAGACACUUUCACUUGAAGUAUCUACGAGUAAGGAUUCCACUAUUGAAGAAGCUAUUGACUCAUCAGAUCCCGUUAAAACAAUUCGAUCGUCUACCGAAAACGAUGAUGAUCUUCCGCUAAAUUGCUUGAAAACAGAUCAAACUACUGAUAAUCUCGAUGGUUUUGCGAUUCCAAAAACUCCAGCAUCCGCCAAAUCAACUGGAACUCCUUCAACUACUCCUCAGCAAACUACACCCAAAAGUAAGAAAAAAUAUGUUCGCAAACCUGCCGGAUCAAUACCUCGAAAAAAGGCUCCUACCAAAUCAAAAUCGGUCUCCAGUGCCUCCCCGAAAUCUCUCGACAGCGACAUCAAACCAGAGAAAAAAGACAUCUAUGAUUUCGAUGACUCUGAAGACGAUUCCGAUAGCUCACUAAAGCCGGGAAAACCGAGCUUCAAACGGAAACUUACGGAAUCCUCAACAUCUUCCAAAGCUGACGAAGAAAAGCCGGAACCAUCCGAACCUGGAAAGUCUCCAGUAGUUCCUCAAGAAAAAGUUCCUUCGAGCGAAUCUGAAAGCGAAGAACCAAUUAAAAAACCACCCACCAAGAAAGCUCAACCCAAACAAAUUUCCAAAAGUAAGUCUCCUGCUACAAAAGACAAUCAGACGGAGGUUAAGGAAAAGUCCGACUCAACCGACUCCGAGGAUCAUGAACCCAUAAAGCCUAAAAAGUCCCCAGCCAAACAAAAGCCUCCAUCACCGAAAAAGGAAACUCCUCAACCGCGAAAUACUCGCAAAAUUCGCUUUGAAGAAGGCUCCGAAGAUGAUGAAGACGAGGAAGACGACGACGACAAAGACCUUGAUCCGGACGAGCGUCGUCCAACCCCGAUCAGCAAACGCAUCAAGCAGGAAGUUCGGGACACUUCAUCUUCUUCCGAAAAUGAAGACGAAGACGAGGACGACGAUGACCCGAACAACGAGGAACCUCUCGGCUCAGAUUCCUCUCAAGAUUCCGUAAGAACCCGAAUCGUUAAAAAGCGCCUUACGGCCAAAACAAGGCACCUCAAGCUGUAUGGAUUCUGGUCCGGUCCGAAACGGCAUCGGGUGGCCUCUCUCAAUGCCAUCGCCAAGGUGCACUGUUUGUACGAAAACGAAACCCGAUCGGCGCUGGAAGCGAAUCUGAAGCCGGUGCCGCCGAAGGCCGCCAGGAUCAUCGUUAUUAAGAAGGAGGAAAGGGUUGAGGAAGCUGUCGUCGAGAAGAAACCAGCGGAACGGAAGGAAACUGCAAGUGUGGAAUCGGUUGAAGCGGGCCCUUCGAAACCUAUCGAGUCUAAGGAGAAGGUGGAUGAGAAGAAGGUUGAAGAGAAGAAGAAGAUUGAUGAGAAGAAAGUUGACGAAAAGAAAAAGGUUGAGGAGAAAUCUGAUAAGAAAACCUCAGAUGAUAAACCGAAAGUUAAGGACGAAAAGAAAAAGGUCGUCAAAAAGGUUGAGUUCAAGGAAGAUGUUAAGAAGAAGGAGAGCAAAAAGGUUCAGAUAAAAACUGAAAACUUUGAAGAAAAGAGAAAAGCAGAUCGCAUGAAGGAGAGAGAAUUGCUCCGGGAAGGAACCGAAUCAGAGAGUGAGAGUGAAGAAUCGGAAGAAGAAGUUAUCACCAGAACUCUCCGAUGUGUACCGGGUCUGCGGGGGGCUGGAAAGCAUUGGGACCCGAAUGCCUCCAGCAUGGAAUCGGAGGGCGAUGAGUUGCCCGACUCAGAUGAUACAUACGCUCACGGAAAGGAUACCGAUCCAGCUUCGGUGAAGAAGCGCAAAGUCAAACGGAAAGUCAUCAAGAAAACAAAACCAAAACACGAAAAAACCGAAAAGUCUGAAAAAUCAGAAAAUCCGGAUGAAAAGGAAGAAGGUCCUCCCGACAAGCCACGCAAACCACCCGCUAAGAAGAUUAAAAAGGAAGCCAAACCUUCCGGCUCGGAUGGGGAAAAGAAAGGUGAAGAGGCCAGCUCCUCCUCAAAUGAAUCGGGUGAAAAGACUUCCGUUACUCCAAAGGAGGAAAAAUCGGAACAACCGGCUCCGGUCAAGAAAAGGCGCAAGCGGAAACCGAAAGAGAAAAAAGAGUUGCUGGAACCACUAGGGAAGAAACGAAUGGCCAGCCUGAAUGCCACUGCUAUGAUGGCUGCAACUUAUGAGGUGCAGCGGAUUCUGUAUCGUAAUACCGAUUCGGACUCGGAUGCUGAAAAACCGGCCGAGAAAGUUCCGAAGACAGCUAAGAAGGUUAAGGAACCGAAAGCUCCCAAAGAGAAGGGAGAGAGUGAAAAGAAAGAGCCUAAAGAGAAGAAGGAACCGAAAGCUAAAGCCGAAGGGGAAAAGUCUGCUGAGAAAGAACCUAAAGAAAAGUCUAAGAAGGCGAAGGACAAAGAGAAGGAGAAAGAGAAGAAGCAAGAUGACGAGAAAGUUCAAGAGACUCCUGUAAUAAUUAAGAAUGAACCGAUGCGAGAGAGGAGAGAAGAGACAACCGAAGUCAAGCGGGAGAUUGAAGAGCCUCGACCGAUGUCCAGCAAUUUGGUCAUCGCUCAGGACACCGAAGUGACCAUAACUGGAGUUUACGUAAACUCCGCACUCGGUACCAAUCAGGAGGCAUACUGCAAGAUGCAGUAUCGCGUCCAGCAGAGCGUAACCGAGGAGCGAGUAGUGCGACCGGGGGAAGCUCCGCCCAAAUCCUACACUCCUCUGACGGCGCUCUCCAGCAUGCGGCCACCAAACGAUCAAGUUCUCACCACGCCCCCACUAUUCGGAUCCCAACCCUCUGGUUGCGAUUCACCGCUUGGGCUGGGACCUCCACGUUCGUUUUACCCACCGCCCACAUCGUCCUCGGGCAGUUCCAGCGCAUUCUGUGCCCCGAUUCCUCACGAUAGUCCAGGUUAUUAUCAACCGGCCGGUCCGUUGAUAUCUCCUCAUCUGUUAUCGCACCCGGGGCCAGGAGGACCAUCGAGUGCUAGUAGUUCCAGUACGAUUACUAAGCAGCAGCCACCGGAUUCGGAUUCACCGGUCCAGUCGCUGCAGCAACCGCCCUCAUCGUCGACGGCCGAUAGUACAGAUAGCGAUGUGCUACUGACAGGUGGUGACCUCACGUCCCGAUCGCAGGCGUUCCGGUUCGGCCCAACAGGACCGCAGAACCUGUAUCCGCGGCCGGUUCAGAUGCACUGUCCCCCGCCUCAUCUGCCACCGAACUACUACGCAGCGCCACCCUACAGCCAGUACCCGCCGGAGAUGUACUACGCCCACGCGUACCCACAGGCGGCUCAUUUCUAUCCGAAGUUCGCCCACUACUACCCCAGCCGACGGUACUACCCGGGACAUCCGGGACCCCCAGAGGCGCACAUGUACGAACAGGCGCCACCGCCCUCGAGUGCCUCGGUCGUACCACCCCCUCCCGGUGCCCAAUUGGUACCUGCGGGUUCCCAGGGACCCCCGCAGCACCUGGAACACUAUCCGGGACCGCAUCCGCAUCCGUAUCCCUAUCCCGGCUACGGAAGUCCUGGCCCGGGGCCCGGUGGGCAGUGUUACUCGCGUAACCUGCAACCCCCACCGUAUAUGGAUGCACACUACACGACGAAUUGUCCCUGUCCGAUGCAGUCGUGUCCAAAAAACGUCAAUGCUGGGUCCCUUAUUGGUAUCAAGGCCAGUAAGGGCCCAGUAACCACCGCAACAACCCCUAACCAUCAUAUCGAAAGUACGACCGCAGUUGGAUCGCUGUCCAGCUCUGUUCUUACCAAUGCCAACACCAACACCAACACCACAUCUAACACCACAGAACCAAUCAUGAUCUCUUCCGGUUCUUCGACGUCUUCGUCACCUCCAGCUUUAGAUAUUCACUCGCCAAUUGUGCACCCGCCGCACCCUUCGGAAGUUGUAUCAUCUUCCGGCACCACUACGACUCUUUCGGUUACAACGACAACCGUGAGCAGUGCUCCCAUCACCAUCACAACCACUACCCACUCUACCGAACCAAAGGUUAAACCUGAAAGUGACCUGAACCUGUACCGAGAUAACUAUCAUCUGCUUCAUCAUCACUACUACCCGCAUCACCACCAUCAUCGUCCUUCGGCUCCUCUGCCCACACAUCCGAUGAACAACUUCGAUCCGAGCGCCACGAUCAAGGAAGAACCUUCGACGCCAACGCUCGAAUCCGAGUCAAAAUCGGUUGGCAACAUUCCAAAAAUGUUACCUCUCACUUCAGUUGCGACAGCGAUCGUCAAGCAGGAACUGGCCGAGGUCAAACGGGAACCCGAGCUACUGUCCAUUGUUACCUGCUGCAAGAAGGAAGACUUCGAAGAAAAUGGACCGGCCAUGACCCCGGAUCUGCUGCUGGAUGAAACCCUUAUCAAGAAGGAAACUUUGGCGGAUUGUUUGGCCGAUCCUUCGAAGCUGGACGCAAUUCUCCAAGAAUCGAUCACCAGCGAUAAAGCUAGUAUUAAUAAUGGAAAAGUACAAUUAAUUGAUAGUGCCCAGCCAGAUAUUCCUGCGUCCACCGUCAAGCGGAGAUCGCUACUGGUGGCCUGCAAGAAGAACAGCCCGAAAAAGUCACCUCCCAAUAGCUAUAAGAAUCUUAUAAAACGUACAAAUGAAACCGAGAGCACCAUCACCGUACUAAGCGACGACGAGGAGGAAGCCGAAAUGGCCUCGGCCGUCGUCACGCAUAACCUAAUGCCGAAGAAGAAACCCAUAAGUGUAAAGCCCAGACGUUUACUCAAACGAACGCGCCGUAUUUUCGGUGCCGAACAGCACCUCAAGAAGUAUUCGAGAUCGUCCGUGGUCAAGGCUCGAAAGGUUCAGAGGGUGCAACAGAAGCGACCCUCUUGUAUUCCACGGAUUAACACGAAUACUCCUGAGGCCUUAACACCCUCAGAAACCAUUCUAUUACAAGAUGAUCGUUUAGCGCAAACGAACUCUUCCACAUCACUACCGAUUGAGGAGGUACCACGCCCUAUGUCAAACGUCGACCUAACGAUUGAUCUAGUAGCCAAGGGAUACUUCUCGGAGCCCGAACUCAAAACAACAACAGACGCCAAAGUUUGCUCCCGGGCGCUCAAAAGGCUCAAACAAUCGGAUGGUCGAUCCCAGUCGGAACAAAACAGGCGGAAACGUGAUCGCAGCACCGAUCAAGCCAAACCAAACACAACAACCAUUUCUAAAAAAGUCAAGAAAGUUACUGACCAACAAAACAACUUCGAUUUUGACAAACGAAAGAACAAAAGCAAGAAGGUCGACCCCGUUGAAACGGCCUCAGAAACCCCAAAAAUGCCUAAGAAGACAGCUGACAAGAAGACGAAGAAGAAUGAUACCAAAAAUCGAAAACCUAGCGGAUCCAAAACGCCCAAGCGAGCUACCUCAACUCCGCUACCUCCUGCAGUGGACCCGAUCGGCCCAACCGAAGUUGUUGCGACUCCGGUCGACAACGAAACCCUUCUGGACAUCAGCGGCAUCGAUACGGCCGACUCGGCUACGAUCGACGAUCGGGAAACCGACUACGACGAUGCGGCCACGAUGCUAGUGGACGACGAUAUGAUGAGCGUGGACACCAACACGAUGAUCAAUCGACACAAUAACAAUAACAACAGUGCGGUGGAAAACAAAAAUGCUCUGGAGUCGGCUCCGGAAGAUGAUGAUCCUCUACGAGUGGAUACACAAACCGAACAGGCUGAACCGGAACAACUUCCUUCAACGGCUAUAGCUCCUUCAACGACUACAGAACUGGACGAUUUCGACGAAGACGUGGAAGAGAUCAUGCUAGCCAAACGUAGCUCCCUGGCGCUAAAACGAUCGUCCCGAUCUCGCUCUAAGACUAAAUCCCGUAAAUUUAGCACCCGUAAGCGGCACCGGGUCCGGUUGGCUCAGAUCGAAGAGAUCAUUGUCCCUCGGAAGAGUACCAGCGUCCCACGCUGGAGCAACGGAUGGAUCUGGGAGGGGCAACCCUUCCAGGGAAAAGUUUUCCUUAAUAGCGACGAUUUGCCGGUGCUGCGCACCUGCUACCCAGCGAUGCGCCACUCGGAAGGUGACGUUAUACGACCCAGGGAUUGUGUGUUGUUAAGAGCCGGGAGCAAACGGGCUGAAUUACCUUACGUGGCCAAAGUUGCACAUUUGUGGGAAAAUCCAGAAGAUGGUGAAAUGAUGCUGUCGCUGCUGUGGUACUACCGGCCGGAACAUACCGAGCAAGGACGGCAACCGGUCGAUGGACCGGACGAGGUGUUUGCAUCCCGCCACAAGGACCACAACAGUGUGGCCUGUAUCGAGGACAAGUGCUACGUGCUGACCUUCGCCGAGUAUUGUCGAUUCCGCCGGCAGUUGAAGGGCAUCGAGGAAAGCAUUGACGAACAUCCUUCCAUCGUGCCACCACUUCGGCGAGAAAACCCUCGCCUUCCGCCACCGCUCAUUUCGCCCGAGUUGGUCAUGUACUGUCAGCGAGUAUACGAGUUCCGGUUGAAGCGGCUACUGAAACAACCCUCCUAGUGCCGGCGUCUGGUGGUAGUAGAACGGUCAAGCCGUAGUAAACCCAUCCCGGGAAAUCUGUCUACCACCAGCACGACGACACCAUUGCCGCCAAAUCCUCAGAAGCAAAUAGAGCAAACCACAAAAACAGCAGUGUCAACGAUAACAUCAUCAACAACAACAAUGGUGGAACAGCAACAAUCAACUCACAUAUCCACAGAUGAAUAGGCGAUUUUUGAAAAAUUGUGGUCCCAGUUUUUUGCAGGAACGCCUACUGCGAGCGCUUGCCCUAUACACACACACGUACUAAUACAUGUACACAAACAAUAGGUACUAAAAACUCUAGGAAACAUACACACACAAAAAUAAACACACAACAGAAAGACCCUGUUGAGCAUAUAUUUAUUAGUAUAGGAGUAGUCAUUUAUCGAGUUCUAGUCCCGGGAGUAUGCGCGAAACAAUAGUUAUGAUGAUGAGCGGAAUGACACAAACACUAACUUACACAAAACAACAACUACAUCUAAAGUAAUUCAAAUUCCAAGCCUACUGAUUGUGUUUUUAUGUAGGGAAACGUACUUUUUACACGCUGAUUUUUUGAUACCUUUUAUUUGGGAAAACCGACUUUUGUUAAUGUAUUAUUAUUUUUUUCUAACAAUUUAUUUAAAUAUCUUUAUUAUUUGCUUACCCAUGUGUAUAACUGAUAAGUGCUGCAAGUUUACACACGCUGAUACAUAUUUCUUUACCUCUUUAUUUCAUAGAACAAAUGAAAGUUUUGUUAUAAUUUAUACCAGUUAAUAAUAUUAUUUGUACAUACUUACUACAUGUAGAGCGUUUUUCCUUCCUCUGUUCGAAAACAUCAAUAAAUCUGAUUUACAAGAAAAUGCACCAUUAGCUAAAGCGAAAAAAGCGGAAAACAAGCAAACUAAAUGAAUCAAAAUCAAAAUCUAUUCUAAAGGAAUCAGUAACUCUUAGAGUAAACGAGUUGAGAAAACCAUACAAAAAAUAAACUAUACCUACUACUAAAGGAAACAAUCGAAACUUUCGAACAAUAUUUAUUGUGCUACAGUAGCGAACAAAAACAAGGCGCCACAUUAAGUGAAAAGAAGAAGAAGAAAAAACAUCAUCAUUGUUGUGUAGGUUUUGGCGUAACAAAAAAAAAGGUAAACAAUUGAACCGAUAAUCUUUAGGAACCGAGCAGUGUGUGUGUAACGAAAAAUAAACAAACAAAAUUAUAGGGAAAAAUAUUGUAACCAUUACUUUGUUGUGAGUCGCUAAAAAACUUUAGAGCAGACUGUUCGGAAUGUUUGUUUUCUAACUUUGAAUCAAACGAAACGCACUUUUUGGGAUAGAUUUUCAGUGGAUUGGGAGUGGUGGAAAAAUGAGAACCAAGAAAAAAAAUUUAUUUACAUUAGCAAAAAAUUAUAUGUUGAUAAUUCACAACUAUUGUGAGUUAGCAAAUAAUCUAAAUUAUGAGUAAUCUGAAUUUUUCGUAAACUGUAUUCUGAGUAAACUGGAUUCUGAGUGAACUAAAUUCUGUAUUUUCUAAGCAGAGAUGUUAGGUGUUCUGAUUAAUCAGGAUUUGUCUUGAUUUUCGAGAACCGUUCUGAUUUUUGAAAACCAUCAAAUUGUUCUGAUUUUUGAAAAUUUGUCAUAGUCCUGAUUUCUACUGAUUUUUAAUAAACAUCUCAAUUUUGAUUAAAUUUGUAAUUAAACAAUAUGAAAUUAGAAGAAAUCUGUAAUAAAAUAUUUAAACUCGUUUCACCGAUGAUAAUUUUCGGUUCAGAUGAUAUUUAUAUGGUGUUUCUCGAUAUGAACCGCAAGACAGCCAAGCAAGACAGCCCUUGUAUUUCGCUUUCAUUUAUGCAAUCCACACAGAGCUGAAUAUUAUUAUUCCAUGAAUUCAAAGCUGUCCUGGAAAAUCCUGAUUUUUUUCUUUGCGGUGUCUGAUUUUUGAUAAAUCCACCUGGCACCCCUGAUUCUAAGGUAAAUGUUUGAGUAUCUUGAAUGCUGAGUAAUCCAAUUAUGAGUAAUCUGGGUUCUAAAUUACCUUAAUUCUAGGUAGUAUGAAUUUUGGGUAAACUAAAUUCCGGAUAAACUUAGUUUUGAUUAAACUGUAAUCUUCUUUCUGAAUGGACUGAGUUCUAAGUAAUCUGAAACUUGAGUUAUCAGAGUUUCUAUUGAACUUUGAUUAAUCUGCUGAGCUCUGAUAAUUUUAAGCUUCGAUUUUGAACAAUCUGAGUCCAAACAAUCCUGACCCACUGAAAAAUCUGUCAUAUACUUAGAAAAGAGUUCCACAAACUUUUUAGUGAAUUUUGAAUAAGUGAAACGAUUUCAAUUUUUAGCGUAAAGUAAGUGUUAGUUAUCUCAAAUAUUUUGAAGAGUAUUUCAACUAUAUUUAGAAUUUCCCCAACAAAUGAGUUAGUUGAGCUAAUAGAUUGAAACGGCUGCUUACGUAUUUUGCAGAACCUUAUCAUUUUACUAAAAAUUUGGAAACAAAAUAAAUAAACACAAAUACCAAUCAAACUAAGUGCGGAACGUAAGAAAUUAAAUGGUAUACACUGAGUUGAUCUAGUAAAAACAAAACAUUACCUACUACUCCAAAUAUACACACAUUUAAAAUAUAAAACAAAAUUGGCGGAAAAACAACUAUUAUAACUAACAAACAAAAUUAAUAAAAUAAAAUCAUACCAUAUACACUUUUAGGAAACGAUACACAAAAAUGGUUUAAAAAUACGGCUCAUACACACAUGCGAAACAAAAAAAUAAAACAAACAAACACUGGCAUAGAAGAUCAACAAAAUUUACGACAACAACAACUACAAGUGAACAUUAUCGUGUAAGUAGAAAAGGUGCAAAUUAUUUCAUAUGGAGGAGUUCCCACAAAACCCAAAUCCAGAGGAAAAUUGAAAUUCACUGUUUUCUAAUGUUUCCCAAAAUUUUCACUGGAAGAAGAUUUAAUUUGUUUCGUUUCCUAAAACGAAUUCUUAACACAUAAUCUAUGAUGAAAAUUCCAUCUUUUUGUAUGACGAUGUUAUUAAAUCUUUACAUCACAUACUUGGUUUUCCUUCCGCGUCGAUUCUCGAUUAGGUUUUCAGACAUUAACAAAUUAAUAACAAAAACUCCCUUUAGAAAGUUGUUGUUAGCUUUUAUUUGCUUGUAAGAGAGAAAACACAAGUAGAAACUAUGGGUUUCAUUAAGAUCACAUAAAAGAGAGAGAGAAAAACACAAUCGGUCUACAAAUAAAGUACCCUAGCGAUUACGUUUAGACUAUAAGUUUGUACUUUUUGUAUUAUUAACUUUUAUCUAGUUUUCGUAGCGUUACACAAAAUAUUCAGAAUAUCUCUCUCGAUUUUAGUCGCGCUUUCUGUAAUUAAAAUGGAUGCUUUUUUCCUUCUGAAGUUCUAGUUCUAGUAAUUUAGCAGUUAAGUCCUGAUUCUAAGUGCUCCCUCGAAGCCCUUUGUAAAGAGUACACUUACGAUUAACUAUUAUUGGUGUAAUUUUUUAAGUGAUCCAACCCUUGUUUGAGUGCAGGAAUUAAGCAAAAUACAAAAAUUAAGAAACCACAAACAAACAAAUCUGGCUAAUACUAAAAAUAUACAAUUACUAUGCAUAUGGUUCUGACGCGAUAAAAAAUAACUAUUGCGCGAACAAUGAAAAUGAAUUGUUAGAUUGGAAUAUGCAUAAGUACAUACAUAUGUAGCCGGCUAGUGGGAAAUUAAGCAAGCAGGUUAAUCCAACAAACACACACACGAAAUACUAUGUGACAAAUGAAAUUGGAGAAAAAAUAAUCAAAAAUUCAA